UUCAUAUUUUGGAACUCUGACAUGUUUCCUAAAUUUAUGUUAAAUAUAGAAAAUGCCAACUAUAAAUAACUUCUGGCAUUUUUUGGCGCCCCCUGUAGCUGGCGCCCUUGUGCGUGCAUGUAUAUGCAUACCUAGUUUAUGCAGCACUGCUGACCUCCAUCUACUCUUAAUCUUCCCUUCUCCUCUCCUGACUCCUCAUCCAUCCGCGCCCCCGAGGCCAGCCGCGCUCCUCCUCACCCCGCCCGCCUGCGCGCUCUGAGUGUGUGUGUGUGUGUGUGUGUGUGUGUGUGUGUGUGUGUGCUUGUGUGUGUGUGUGUGUUUGCUGCUGGGAGCGAGUCGAGCAGCGGAGGACACUUUCCCCUCUUCAUCUCCUUCACUCCAACAUGCUCACUGCUUCGGCUGCGGACUGGCUCUAGAUCACACGUAAUCUCCUCUCCGUUCCCACACUCCACUCCUCCGCCUGUCGGAGCUAUCUGUCAUCCUGUGAUCCGAGGUGCUGCUGCAGUGUUGGAGGGCUCUUGUGUGGGCAGGUUCAUGCUGGAUCCGCUCCAAGUGCACCGCAGGGCAGGUGAAGCAGCACAACUCCAUGAGUUUGAUUCGGCCCGUCGAUGUGGAGCAGCCCCAGAGUUAGAGACGCAGCCCAGAGACCCGUGGUGAGCUCGUUGCGCCGCUCUUAGAUCCCAUCUUCCUCUUCCUCCUCUUCCUCUCGCGGCUCCGCCAUGUUUCCCUUCGCCUGCCCUUCCUCCUUCCUCCUCCUCUUCCUCGCUGUCCUGCUCCCCGCCUGCCAGCCGGAGUCGCAGCGCGUCGACCCGAGCGCCGAGCCCGACCCGCGGACGGCGCUGCCCUCGUCGGCCGCCGCCUCGCUGGCGCCGUCGCUGCCGUACGGGAACAGCUCCACCUCUGGCGGUCCGGAUAAGUGCAACAAGCCGACGGUUUGCACCGAGGGCAUCCUGCUGCCGGUGUGGAAGCCCGAGCAGCCGGGCCUCGGGUACCAGGUGGCCCGUGCCGUUGUCUACUUCGUCUCCCUGAUGUACAUGUUCCUGGGAGUGUCCAUCAUCGCUGACCGCUUCAUGGCGUCCAUCGAGGUCAUCACCUCUCAGGAGAAGGAGGUGACCAUCACCAUGCCGAACGGCGAAACGUCCGUGGCGACAGUUCGCAUCUGGAACGAAACCGUCUCCAACCUGACGCUCAUGGCUCUGGGCUCCAGCGCUCCGGAGAUCCUGCUGUCGGUGAUCGAGGUGUGCGGUCACAACUUCGAGGCCGGCCAGCUGGGACCGGGGACCAUCGUCGGCAGCGCCGCCUUCAACAUGUUCGUGAUCAUCGGGAUCUGCGUGUGGGUCAUCCCCAACGGCGAGUCACGCAAAAUCAAACACCUCCGGGUGUUCUUCAUCACCGCCUUCUGGAGCAUCUUCGCCUACAUCUGGCUCUACCUCAUCCUGGCCGUCAUGUCGCCGAGCGUCGUGGAGGUCUGGGAAGCUCUGGUGACACUGCUCUUCUUCCCCGUCUGCGUCCUCCUGGCUUGGAUCGCCGAUCGCCGUCUGCUCUUCUACAAAUACAUGGGCAAGCGUUACCGUGCCGACAAGCGCCACGGCAUCGUCGUGGAAACAGAGGGGGACCUGACCCCCACCAAAGGCGGCAUGGAGAUGAUUAUUGACGGCAAGCUGCCACGGGGAAGCACCAUGGUUCCUGCUGAGAACGGCGCGGAUGGAGCAGCGGGCGCCACAGCGAACAACAUCGGCGCCGCGGCAGUCGCCAGGGGCAACCUGCCCAACUCAAACAGCGCCACGGUGAACAUGGAGAGCGGCAGGGAGCUGGACGAGAGCCGCAAGGAGGUGAUUCGCAUCCUGAAGGAGCUGAAGCAGAAAUAUCCCGACAAAGAGCUGGACCAGCUGGUGGAACUGGCCAAUUACUACGCGCUGCUGCACCAGCAGAAGAGCCGCGCCUUCUACCGCAUACAGGCGACCCGGAUGAUGAUCGGAGCCGGAAACGUCCUGAAGAGGCACGUGGCCGACAGCGCGCGGCGCGCGGUGGUGACCGACGAAGAGGAGGUCGAGGAAGACGACCUGGCCGUCUGCAGCCACAUCUCCUUCGAGACGGCCCACAGUCAGUGCAUGGAGAACUGCGGCGUUCUCACGCUGGCCGUGGUCUGCCAAGGCGGUUUGGGGGAGAACACUUUCUACGUGGAUUACAGAACCGAAGACGGGUCAGCCAACGCCGGGUCCGACUACGACUACAGCGAGGGAACGCUGGUGUUCAAACCCGGAGACACUCGGAAAGAGAUCAAGGUCGGCAUCAUCGACGACGACAUUUUCGAGGAAGACGAGCACUUCUUCGUCCGCCUGCUCAACCUGAGAGUCGGCGACGCAGAGGGGAUGUUCGAGAGCGACGAGGCGGGCAGCACGCCCAAAGCCCGGCUGGUCGAGCCCCUGUUCGCCACGGUGACCAUCCUGGACGACGACCACGCCGGCAUCUUCACGUUCAGCGAGCGCCUGGUGCGCGUGAGCGAGAGCGUGGGCACCAUGGAGGUGACGGUGGUGCGAAACUCGGGCGCCAGAGGCACCGUGGUUCUGCCGUACCACACCGAGUCGGGCAGCGCCAUGGCGGGGGAGGACUACGAGGAGGCGCGCGGGGAGCUGGAGUUCACCAACGACCAAACCACUCAGACCCUCCAGGUGAGGAUAAUCGAUGAUGAAGAGUAUGAAAAACACGAAAACUUCUUCAUCGUUCUGGAGGAGCCGCGCUGGCUGAAGAGAGGAAUCUCAGCUCUGCUGCUUAACCAAGAGGCGGCGGAGGGGCAGCUGAGCGCCGAGGAGGAGGAGGCCCGGCGGAUCGCGGAGAUGGGGAAGCCCAUCCUGGGGGAGCACAGCCGCCUGGAGGUCGUCAUCGAGGAGUCCUACGAGUUCAAGAGCACAGUGGACAAGCUGAUCAAGAAGACCAACCUGGCGCUGGUCAUCGGCACUCACUCCUGGAGGGAGCAGUUUGUGGAGGCGGUCACCGUCAGCGCAGGUGAUGGAGACGAUGAGGAGGAAGGGCGAGAGGAGCGGCCCCCGUCCUGCUACGACUACGUCAUGCACUUCCUCACCGUCUUCUGGAAGGUUCUGUUCGCCUGCGUCCCGCCCACAGAGUACUGGAACGGCUGGGCCUGCUUCAUCGUGUCCAUCAGCGCCAUCGGCUUCCUCACCGCCAUCAUCGGCGACCUGGCGUCGCACUUCGGCUGCACCGUGGGGCUGCAGGACACCGUGACCGCCGUGGUGUUCGUGGCUCUGGGAACCUCCAUCCCAGACACCUUCGCCAGCAAAGUGGCCGCCAUCCAGGACCAGCACGCCGACGCGUCUGUGGGCAACGUCACCGGCAGCAACGCCGUCAACGUCUUCCUGGGGAUCGGCGUGGCGUGGUCGGUGGCCGCCAUCUACUGGGCCGUCAAGGGGAAGCAGUUCAAGGUGGACCCGGGUUCGCUGGCCUUCUCCGUCACUCUCUUCACCAUCUUCGCGUUCAUCUGCAUGGCGGUGCUGCUGUUCCGGCGCCGGCCCUCCAUCGGCGGCGAGCUGGGCGGCCCCAGGGCGUCGCGCCUGCUCACCACCAUGCUCUUCCUCGGCCUCUGGCUGCUCUACAUCUUCUUCUCCAGCCUGGAGGCCUACUGCCACAUCAAGGGCUUCUAGUUUCAGGAGAGAGGAGGCCGGCCUGACGCGACUCGACGACAGACACGUGUUCAUUUGUAAACAGAUCAUUGGAGGAGAAACUGAGCAGGUUUUAAAGUGAGCUGGGCGGUGACGUCACGCCCCGGCGGGUUCACUGCUGGUCUAAAAGAUGAAACAUAUUCCCUCCCGUCUGCAGCGACGGUUUUUACGCCGAGGAGGUGGAGGAAAAGAGUCAAAUGUUUACAAAAUGCUAAAAUCACAUGUGUUUACUACAGCAGGUCCUCCACGUGCUCUGUAAAUAGACCGGACGCUGAAAACGUUUCAGAGGAGGGAAAAUAGUCCCAAAAUGUGAUUAAUUAGCUGCAACAUGAGUUCAGACGUGUCUCUUUAGCGCCUAGUCUCUGUCGGUUUGCAUGCACAAAACACAACCAACCUGUUAAAAGGGAAAUACCCAGAAUCCACCUGUGAUUCUGAGCCGUUUGCUCAGUUAGCAUGCAUGCUAACGGACUCGCCCACUGCUGCAGCAGUAGAACGACACAACAGUAUUAGUUUACAGAAAAUCUGUCGUUUAGAAACUCAUUCCAGCCGUCAACAUGUUCACGUUGAUGCUCGCAUAGCAAAGAUGCCUUAAGGGAAAAAAAACUCACGUGAAUGUGGUGUUCAGGCUUCUAGCUGUACAAACCGCGCCAACCGUCUCUAACAUAGUGUUAAACUUUAGUUCUGUGCAAUAGUUAAAGCUGGUUCUGCUAUAACGUAACACUGGAUCCAGUAGAAAUAGACGUUUGGAGAACAAGAAGCAGGAAGUUCCAGAUGAAAUGUUGUUGUUGUUGUUCAGUAUUUUAACUCUGAAGCUACUGAAACUACCGGCUGCUAAACAGACUGCGAGGAACAAAACCCUGAAAAAAAAACCUCCUCAGAUUAAAAUAAAACUCUGACAUUUCAGGGCUUUUAUCUUCCAGGUGGAGGAAGAUGCUGAGGAACAACGGGAGUCGGAAUGAGGUCAGGAUUGUUUCACUAGCAGCUUGAAUCAAUGAGAAAUCAGUAAAAAUCCUUUUUUAUUUUGUAGCUCUUACAUAAACCCUAAAAUUGCUCAACAUGUCAACACUGUUAUGAUAUCAUAACAGAUUUGAAUCGUUUACCCAAAAUAACACUUUGUAAACUUUCUAAAAGUGAUUUUGUAUCUUUUCCUUGCAGGUGAAGCCAAGGUUAACUUUUUUUAUAUUUCCAGGCGACGUUCAGAUUAGCAUGAAGAGCAGAUGACGUCAUUCGACAUGUUAGGAUUAGGAUUUAAUUUGUUUUUCACGCUCCUGGGCCGAUCCAAACAUCGAAACGUUUCAGCAGUCUGCUGCCCGAUAUGGAAGGCUGUAACUGCCAAAAUCAGGAAAAAAUUUAUUUGAUAAAUGCAAAUAAUUCAUAAAUGGAAAAUAUGUCAAAAUGUUAAAGUAGUAACGGGAUUGGAUUAAAAUUUUUUAUUGAGUUAAUUACAGUAUCUAUAACUAAUUAAUCAUGUUUUAAUCUAAAACUAUAUUUUGCUAAAUUAUUGAAUAAAAUGACAUAUAUGACCAAAAUAAAAGUUAUGAUUUCAAGACUUUUUGUGUUUAAAAGAAAAAUUUGAUUAACUGAGUUAAAAUCAUUAAAGCAUUAAACCCAAUUUAUUAAUUAAUCAAAAUAACACUUUAAACUCACGGCUCUAAUAUAAAUGGACUCAUUCUAUAAAUUAGAAUAUUAUUUAUUUUUUAUUCAGCACUAUUUUAUAUUUCUCUAUUUUUAUAUUUAUAUAUUUAUUUUAUAUUUAUCACAUUAUUUUACUUGUUUCUGUUUUAACGUAAAGCUCUUUGGCUCCCACUGUGUUUUCAAAAUUUGCUAUAGAAAUAAAGUUGACUGAUUAUGAAACACAUUAUGUGGGUUAAUUAAACAUAGAUGGAUGUUUGAAAGUAUUUAUUUCUGUUGUGACGAUUUUCCACUUGCAGCUAAUAAAAACAUGACAUUUAAAAUUAGAAUAUUACAUCAGAUCAAUAAAAGAAAUCAUUCUUAAUACAGAACUGUGGGCUUAAUGAAAAGUAUGUUUAAUACCUGCCUAAAUGUUAUUUUCAAAAGGUUGUUUUAAUCUGACAAAACAUAUACAUAUGUAUAUUUAAUACUUUAAUAUCAGGAUUGGAAAUCCAGUGGUUUUUUUGUCUAAAAGAAGAAAAAACAGGAGAAAUGUAAACAAACAGGAUUUAAUUUGCCUUCCAUAGAAUAUUGAUAUAUUUGCCGAUCUGGUUACAAAUUUUUGCAUAUUUUUUCUUGAUUUUGGUCGGUUUGGUCUUCCAUCUCUGUCUUUCUGUUGAUGUAGAACUAUUCUGAUGAGA